AUGUUGGCUACACGGCGUCCUCUAAGUUUGUCUUCUGACAAUGUUACAUAUCCAGGGUACGCAUGGGAGCCGCGCACGGGCAGCUGCUACAAGUUCCACCGCGCCGCGCAGCCCUGGGACGCCGCGCUGGCCACCUGCCGCGCCGAGGGCGCCCAGCUCGCCGUCCUCAACAGCGACACUGAGUCCGAGGUGCUGGCGGCCAUUUUCAAGAAGAACCCGUCUUACACGAUCACGGGGACUGACACGUUUUUUGACGCGAGAGAUUACGCCUUGGUAGGCUUUGCUGAUAGCUAUGGACACGGCACUUGGACCACUAUACAUGGUGUGUCGCUCGCGGAGGCCGGAUUCGAGGGCUGGGCGAGCGGCCAGCCGGACCACAUGCUCACGGGGAUCGAACGCUGUGGCUCCAUCUAUCGGAACGGACUGCUAAACAAUGUUAAUUGUUUUAGAAAAUUUGCAUACAUCUGUGAGAUUACCCCUUGA